UUUCGUGUGAGAGCUCUCGGAUAUAGUCAGCAUCACUUCAGGGAGAGAGACGGGGAAAGAGAGAGCAGCUGUGUGGAGGCUUUUCUACAUAUAGAGGUGCGCCAGAGACGGGAAACGUACCAGUCUCUUACGAACUACGCGACAAUACGACACCGACAAAAGCAAACUUUUGUACCGGAGGCCGUUCGAAAGUAGAAGUGAGUGUGUAUUUUUAACGUUAGAUUCUUUCCGGAAUUUGGGCGCAAGUUUAUCCACGAAACCGAGAUUCUUCAGUCGCGCAACACUCGAGCGAAGUUCAUCAUCGCAUGCUCCCACGAAUCUGUUAUUAUUACAAGCGUUUUCAAACGUUGACUAAAUACGAGUGCGCACGAAAAUAAACAAAAUCGCGAUAUCGUCAAAGUCGAAGGUGGGCAGAGCGAUUAAAAGCUCGUUUCGAGAUAAAACCGAAGACGGAAGACCAUCGGCCGGAUUUCGUGAUGGAGCAGAGCAACAUAUCGAUAGUAUCGCCAAGCAUAAUGACAGAAAACCCCACCGGCAAGACCAAAGGGACUAGCAUAUCUUUGCCAUCGGGCUCGAGCCUCCAGAACGCGAAGGAAAAGUUCAAGUCGAAGUGGGUGAAAGAACUUUUUCAGGAGGAUUAUUCGGCAUGGGACACCAUGAAGAUCGCCUUGGCCGAGUUUAUUGGAACGGCAAUUCUCGUGUUCAUCGGUUGCAUGGGCUGUGUUGGAAGUCUCGGUAAUCAACCGCUGUCGUUGCAUUCGUCACUCGGAUUUGGGCUCGCGGUUAUGAUCGUAAUAUUGAGCAUCGGACACAUAAGCGAUGCUCACAUAAAUCCUGCGAUCACGGUUGGCGCUGUUGUCCUGGGCAAAAAAUCUCUCCGAUUAGCUGCAGUCUAUCUCGUCGCUCAAUGCCUUGGAGCCGUGGUUGGUUACGGUCUCUUGAAGGUCGUGACUCCCCAAUCUUUGCUUUACGGCGUGGGCGGACCCGACACAACUGCGAACUUUUGUAUAACUGCGAUUCACAAGGACAUAUCGCUGAUUCAGGGUUUCCUCGCUGAAGUAAUUGCAACUGCUAUUCUUAUGUUGAUGGCAUGUGGAAUUUGGGACGUUCGAAAUGAAAGGAAUACCGAUUCGGUCGCGCUCAAAUUUGCCUUUGGGGUCACUGCCCUGUGCAUGGCUGUGGCGCCGUACACCGGCUGCAGCAUGAAUCCUGCGAGGUCUUUGGGGCCUGCGAUAUGGAACAACAGUUGGAGCGACCAUUGGGUAUUUUGGUUCGGACCGAUAGCUGGCUCGUUACUCUCGUCGAUAAUGUAUCGAUCGAUAUUUUCACCUGCGAAAGGCAAGCCGGAGGAUGGCUUAAAUUUCGACGCGACUGAAGUCCGAAAACCCGAGGUCUGAUAUUUCCGUCCACGACAAGAGCUAUUGUUACCGGAAUUGCAUUACGAAUGUGGAGAGUCUCGGUUUCGGGACCUUUGGACAUGAAAUUUGCUCAACCGCUUUGUCUCCUGGAAACUGAAGAUUUCACGCUUGCCGAAGUAGACUGCUAAAUUAGAAAGUUGAUGAGAAUUUACGAAUAAUAGUUUCAUCAACGACGAAGGAAAUAUCUACGACGAGAAAGUCAUUUUAUCGAGAUUCGAAGGCGUGCAAUAGAAGCGACGAAAGUAAUGUCAACAAUAGUUUAUUAAUCCGCACAUAUCCGUCCUGAAGCCUCUCCAUUAUGCCAUGCGUUUUGGAAGGUUGAAAAAUCGUCGGAUAAACCCUCGACGCCAGGGAGCAUCAAUCGAGACGAAAAAAAGGAACGAGGUAACCGAUAAAAUGGAGCUAAUAAUGAGAAACGAUUAAAGAUCGAUAUCACGAUAAGUUAUAGUGGACACAACGACGCCUCGUCGCCUCGGGUGUGACAGAUAAUCGUAUCGACACACACUCACCCUCGCGCCAACACACAUGCACGCACGAACUCAGUGACAUUCCAUACCGUCGAGGUAAUUCCAUACCAAACUCGAAAUAACAAAAUUAGUGAGGACGACGUUGGGUUUGAGAAAAUGAGCUUGAGAUUCCAGCACCGGAGCAACCAAAAUGAUAGACUAAAGUUUUAAUUGUACUCUGGGGGGGAGGGGCGGCCGAGCCAAUCUCGAGCUCAGUUUUCAAAACACCUCCGAGUGUAUCUCCGUACACAAAAGCGAACAAAAAUACAAAUAUUUUUCAAUAUGUACAUAAAUGUAACACUGUGUAUAUUUUUUAUAAAUCAACGAGUGGUUUUUUCCAAAUUGAAUUAGUUGUUAAGUAAUCGUAACGAGUGAUCUUGAGGCUUUGCUAGUUUUCGAGACAAUUUAAAGACGAAGGUUUCAGUCGAGGGUUAUUGACGAAUCAAAAAAUCCCCGAAUUUUCAUGACCAAGUUGAUACAACGAAAAUGCGUUUAACGAUGUGAGGAAUCAUGUUAAAGACACCAAAAGAUACGAGACGAAAGAUCUUGAAGAUUUAACACAUUAACGAUUAUGAGUCGUAACGAUGAGAAGUUUUUUGUACACGAUCGUCGUUACGAUUUUCUUUUUCUUUAGUAUAGAAACAAAAUCAUGUAUUUUCAGAUACUUUGUGAUAAGAAUUUUAGUGAAUAAUCGACGAAUGAGAACAAUCUUGGUACUUUUAUGACCAAGUUUUCUUCUGAUACGAGAAAUUAAAAAGGUGGAAAAAGUUGAUGAAUAGUGUGCUGCAGAGAUCGGGAGACGCGAGAUGAAAAAUGGUGAAAAUCCAUCAUCAAGGUCGAUCCUGACGAUGAACAGUUACAGUGGCAUCGAUCGUUCAUUUUUCUACAACGAAUACUUUGUGCUACACUUGCUUUAUUCUUACGUUAAGAAACACAAAGUUGUAAUUAUCGUUUCACCAGAGCUAUGAUGUAUUUUGUGUGAUUAUUAAAUAUACGUAGUUUAAUAUGAAUUAAAAACUCUGA